AUGGCUUCUCCCAAGCACGAAAAGCCGGAGGUUGUCUCCAUCUCGCCGCUGCUCCAACGCCUGGCAUACCCCGCUACAGCGGAAAUCAGAGUUUCUGCCGAUGAUAUAGCUUCGGCUUUUGCUCUGAUUUUCGAAGAUCGGUUGUCAGAUAUUCAGACUGCAGCUCUGUUGACCCUCCUUCAUUCCACAGGAAAGGACAGACAGGCGGAUGUGAUUGCGAAAUGCUCCAACCGCAUGCGAGAGGCUGCUUGCCAGAUUGAGAAGACCGAGCUGAGAAAGGUUGUCAAAGCUCGCGGUAGACGUGAAGGCUCCUACCAGGGAGGCUUGUGUGACAUCGUCGGGACUGGUGGAGAUUCACAUUCGACUUUCAAUGUCUCUACAACGUCCUCCAUCAUUGCCUCUCCCCUUUUGAUGACAGCCAAGCAUGGCAACCGUGCUCAAACUUCUUUCUCCGGAUCUGCCGACGUCCUCAAUGCCGUCCAGCCUAUCCCCCCUAACAUCUCCGCCGUCAAUGCCAGCAACAUUAGCAAGGUCUACGAGGAGACAAACUAUGCUUUCCUGUUCGCCCCCAACUUUCACCCUGGAAUGAUGUAUGCCAACCCUGUCCGUCGUGGACUAGGUCUCCGAACAAUCUUCAACCUUAUGGGACCUCUUGCCAACCCCAUUGAGUGGGCUAUUGAAGCCCGAGUUGUAGGUGUUGCCUACCAGAGCCUUGGUCCUGUCUUCGUUGAAGCUCUCAAGCAGGCCGGCGCCAAAAAAGCCCUUGUCGUCUGUGGUGAGGAAGACAUGGAUGAGAUCAGCUGUGCUGGGCCAACCAACUGCUGGAGAAUCUCAGAAUACCCCAACCCGGACUACAAGCCAUCUGAUGAUGAUGAUGAGGAAUGCUCCUGUGAUGAGCGAGAGAACCCCAAGACACUGGUCAAAAUUGAUACUUUCCAGCUUCACCCCUCAGACUUUGGCCUCCCUGUCCACCCUCUCACUGAAGUCUAUGGUCGCAAAAUGCCAAAAGACAAUGCGGCUAAGCUCAUGAGCAUCCUUCGAAAUGAAUUGCCCCGGGAUGAUCCCAUCCUGGAAUUUGUCUUGAUGAACGUGGGUGCUCUCCUAGUCACAUCUGGUAUCUGUGAUGCCGAUACCAGUGACAUGGGGCAUGGUGAUGACGGCAAGGUGAUCACUGAGCGUGGCCCCGGUGGUGGCCGCUGGAAGGAAGGCCUGCGCCGAGCUCGCUGGGCGAUUGAGAGCGGUCAAGCUCUGAAGUGUUUCGAGAGCUUCAUUGCGGUCACCAACAAGCUUUCAUCAGCCUAA